GCAUCUUAUUCGCCAGUUUUAAUUAUUGUUCAUUUAAUAUACUAAAAUCAGCAUAAUUACAAGUGUACAUAAUGAAAUAUUAAACAAAAUAAUUUUUUUUAAUGAGAUAGCCAAGAUACGAUUUUUAUUAUUAUUUAUGACGAUCUCUUACUGAAAUUGGAAUUUUUCUUAUAACCAACUGUUCAAUGUAUUAAAAUAUUAUUAUUAAUUUUGAUAAAUUAUCAAUGAUUGAUUUCCUAUAAGUUGUCAUACUGAUCAUUUCGUGUGUGGUGCAGCGGAAUGACCAACACACUUAACGACAUCAUCAGUCUUCACUCCUGGUGAGCUUCGCUCGCUUCACUCAGUCAGUGCCAGACGCCAUUCGAGCUCAGUACACGCACGACCGCGUCGCGUGUAGCUCGCGUCGUUAUCGCAAUCCAUAUUAAAAUCCUUUGUGUCGUAGUGUAAUGACAAACAGUACAUUGUGAACGAAAAAAACAUGGAACUUGUGGACAAAGAUUCGAACCUGGCAGGACCAGUUGACUCUAAGCCGAUUCUCUUCGACAGGAAGGGAAGCGUGAAGGUGACGAUCACACCGACCCAGCACAAGACCCUCAGUCACCUACCGAAGAGGCAGCCCGUGGAUCUGGCAUUUACGGACUUGACUUACAAAGUGCAAGAGGGAAGGAAGAGCAAUGUCAAAACGAUCCUCAAGUCUGUUUCGGGUCGGCUCCGUUCCGGCGAGCUCACGGCCAUCAUGGGUCCGUCGGGUGCCGGGAAGUCGACGCUUCUCAACAUACUCACAGGAUACAAGACUUCCGGUAUGGAGGGUAGUAUAACAGUCAACGGUAUGGAGCGUAACCUGUCCAGUUUCCGGAAGCUGUCCUGCUACAUCAUGCAGGAUAAUCAGCUUCACGGCAACCUAACUGUCGAAGAGGCCAUGGGCGUGGCGACAUCCCUCAAGCUGCCAAGUUCCACUACGAGAGACGAAAAAGAAAUGCUGACCGAAACGAUCCUCCACACCCUCAGCUUGAUGGAACACCGUAAGACGAUGACGUCGAACCUGUCCGGGGGUCAAAAGAAACGUCUCUCCAUCGCUCUGGAGUUGGUCAACAAUCCACCUAUUAUGUUCUUCGAUGAGCCUACAUCAGGUCUGGACAGUUCUUCGUGUUUCCAAUGCAUCUCGCUGCUAAAGACGCUCGCCAGCGAGGGCAGGACCAUCAUCUGCACCAUCCACCAGCCCUCCGCCAGGCUGUUCGAGAAGUUUGACCAUCUGUACACCCUGGCGGACGGCCAGUGCGUGUACCAGGGCAGCACCGGGAGAUUAGUCGACUGGCUUGGCAGUCUGAAGCUGCAGUGCCCUUCUUACCACAAUCCGGCUUCGUUCAUAAUCGAAGUGUCUUGCGGCGAAUAUGGCAACAACACUGGCAAACUGGUGCGAGCUAUUGACAACGGAAAUAAUGAUAUAAGAAACGGUAUGCCCUUCCCGGAUCAAACUCCGGACUACAACAACAAGAAGGACAUGGAGGUGUCCCUUCGUGCCGGGAGCAAUUGGGACAAAAACGACCUCAGCCAGGUCCAGGAGAAGUUCAAGGACAACAACUCGAACGGCGCCAACGGGCACGGGAACUUGCAGAACGGGAUCCUGCAGUACGCCACUAGCGAGGUCUCUAAAGGCGAACCGUUGUCGUUGCAAAUGGACACGGACAAGCAGGACAACGCGGCGGCCGCGCUGCUCGGCACCGAGGGCUCGCCGGAGCGGUACGCCACCUCCGAGUGGAAACAGUUUUGGGUCGUAUUGAAGAGGACCCUCUUAUUCAGCAGGCGAGAUUGGACCCUGAUGUACCUGCGGCUGUUCGCUCACAUCCUGGUCGGCUUCCUCAUCGGGGCGCUGUACUACGACAUCGGAGACGACGGCUCCAAGGUGCUCUCCAACCUCGGCUUCCUGUUCUUCAACAUGCUCUUCCUCAUGUACACCUCGAUGACCAUCACUAUACUUAGCUUCCCACUGGAGAUGCCGGUCCUGGUGAAGGAACACUUCAACCGCUGGUACUCGCUGCGGUCCUACUACUUGGCGAUUACGGUAUCCGACAUACCGUUUCAGGCCAUAUUCUGUAUAAUCUACGUGGUGAUAGUGUACCUGCUGACGUCACAGCCGCCGGUCUGGUUCCGGUUCGCGAUGUUCCUCUCGUCGUGCCUGCUGAUAUCGUUCGUCGCUCAGAGCGUCGGUCUGGUGGUCGGAGCCGCAAUGAACGUGCAGAACGGUGUGUUCCUGGCGCCGGUGAUGUCCGUCCCCUUCCUCUUGUUCAGCGGCUUCUUCGUGUCGUUCAACGCGAUCCCGGUGUACCUGCGCUGGAUCACCUACCUGUCCUACAUCCGCUACGGGUUCGAGGGCACCGCGCUGGCCACCUACUCCUUCAACAGGACCAAGCUGCAGUGCCACGCGCCCUACUGUCAUUUCAAGUAUCCCCAGACCACCCUCGAGGACCUGGACAUGGAAGACGCCGAUUUCGCGCUAGACAUAGCGGCGCUGUGUCUCAUCUUCGUUCUACUGCGUAUAUUCGCCUUUCUCUUCUUACGCUGGAAACUCAAGUCGACUAGAUAAACUAAAUUGUACCUUACGUUCUUCACUUUAGGGUAUAAAAUCGCUGAGAUGCCUAUUUAAGUGCUUAAGAACAAGUCGUUUGUUAAUUUCGGGUUUUUUAAAGUAUAUUUUUUUUUAAUAUUCGAUAAUCGAGUUUAUUUUGUUGCAUCGAUAAAAUACGAUCUUUCAAACCCGAAAUCAACAGCCGAAUAAAACAAUUAAAUAAAUAAUAAAUAUAUAUAUUAUUAUAGAUAUAUAUGUAAAUUACAUGAAUGCGGUUAAUGUGAUAAGCGGUGAAAACAAUUAUUCGAAUAUUUAUGAAAAAGAAAAAUUCUAUACGCGUUUUGAUAUAACGUCAUCUAGUUAAGAUUAAGUAUCAGUUUUGGAACAAAAAUUUCAGACUACGUACCGAAAUUCAAUUAUAAAAUAUUCAUUAGGAAAUAUGUUUUACACAAAUAAUUCAACCAUGACAAAUUAUUAAAUUUUAUGUACAAAACCAAUACAAAGUGACUUGUUUCAAAAGGGUAAUUAAUACAAAAAACAUAAUGUAAAUAAACAAAGAGAAAUGUGAUAGAAAUCAUGUGAUAUAAAAAAAAGUUUAUAUACAUAUUAUAUAUUUAUAUAUAGAAGUAUAUACGGCAUUAUAUAUACGACAUUCCAGUUUUUGCUACUAUUCCUGUUUUACUCAGACCUCAAACUGAACAAUGUAGAAGAAAUUCAAGUAAUAAUUAAGAUCAUAAUUAUGCUCUUGUUAUUUUUGGGUGUAUUACUAUCACGAGCAAAUUCGAAAAUGUCGCCAAUAAGACGAUUUAUUUUUGUAUUGUAGAUUGACAAUUACUGACGUUGACACUGACAAGAAGGUUUCUAUUUACUCGAGGUCAAUUUAGAGUUUGUUGUGUAGUGAUAUGUUGACUCAGUCCACAGGUAGGCAGAUGAGGUUAUCUACUGUAUGGUGAUCAUUUGAUAUCUGUAUUCAAUUAGAAUACGCGCGAUGUAUUGAUUCUAAAGGACAACGACCGAAUGUUAACCAGAACGUGUAUUCAUAUCAAACACGACCGAUGCGAAUGAAUGAUUGAAUGAAAAAGAUAAUCGAUUUUAAUAAUGACAAUCGUAUCGAAAGGUAAAUUUUUUACAGACUUUUUUAUUUCGAUAUAAUCUCUUUGAAAUUGUCUUCAUAAAUGGCCUUCUUGAAGUGCGUCUGUUGAUUAAUCAAUGACUGUAAUGUCAUAUUGAGAUCCUUACAUAAAACGUAUUUUUAUAGAAGAAAAAUAUUUCUAAUGAUUUGAUCAUAUAACUCAAGAGAUGGCGCCACUAACAGUACAUAUGAAUUUUUGAUUAAUAUAAUCCACUAAAUGUCGUUACAGGGAAAUCAAAAUAUUAAAUUUUAAAAAGAAUGAAAACGUAAUAAUACAUAUAUUGAAAAUUAUUUGUUAACGAGCUUAAAAAAUAAGUUUAAAAUCAAUAAUGUUAUUUAUAACCAAUUAAUCCAAUCUCUUUAAUAUUUAUGCAAGUUUAAUCAAAGAAGAAGGAGCGUUAUAAAUAAAACAUCAAAUGUAUACCGUCAUCACCAUCAUGUUAUCAUCAGCCCACAGUCCCAAUCCACAUCACUGAACCCAGUCUUCGACUCUCCCUAUCCAUUUCUUGCCAGUCGAAGUUCAUCGCACCACCAAGCUACCAAAUCUAUAUACUACUUCUCAUAUAAAAUGCAUACAGGGUAUUAAACAUUAACAAUAUGUCAAAAAGAUAAUCCUUUGUACUUGGUGAUGAAAAGAAAGAAAAAAAAAUGAAUAGAAAAAAGAUUAAAUAACAUUGCUUAUCCUUAUAUGUCCUUCUUAAAAUAUCAUAUCAUAUCUAAUGGGUACCUUAUUUAUAUAGAGUAUAAUAUGCAAAAAAAAUAUUAAAAAUAGAAGAUGACCUUUUCAAUAAUAGUUGAUGGCUCUGUAUCUUCUUAUUAACACUGAGCUUGAUGUACUUAUUGGUACACAUUACUGUUGCGCAUAAUAUCAAUAAGAGACAUCUGGGAAAUAAUUAGUGCCUUAUUUUAAUCAAGAAUUCUGAGUUAAAAUUGUAUAUAUCAAAAGGCCUUAAAUGAUAAUUAUCGGGACCAAUUUGUAAAGAAAUGCAAAAAUAUUAUUUUUUAAACUACAAUUUGAGUAAAUAAAAACUAUAUAUUAAAUGGAAUUAGCUGAUAUUAGGUGUUUAGUGUAUAAUUGUUGUAUUCAUGGAGCGUGUUAAUAAACUAUUCGUCUAGGACUUGGGUAAUCAAUAUUUUUGCGUUGUAAAAACAGAAUUAAUCUUUCGAAAGAAAAAAAAGUUUUUGUCUUUCAUAAUAAUAAGCUUCUCGCAGUUAUCCAGCCGAUGCCUUCAGCUCUAAUACUAGGGGCAGGCUUAGGGACCCGGGUAACCGUACUCGUCGAACUCGACAAAGAGGUCGACGUGCAACCUAACCCAUGCAUCAGCCCGCUGAGUUUCUCGCCGGAUCUUCUCAGCGGGUCGCGAUUCCGAUCCGGUAGUGGAUUCAUUCGCGAAACAAUUGCUCUUGAGUUGUUAGGUCUCCUUCGGAGGCGCUCGGGCAGUUGUUAGCAAAUCCCGCCCCUCUUGGCUGAGCCUUUGCUCGCCCACCUGUCCUGGUGAAACUGGAAAGGCCUUCGGGCCACCAGUAAACUUUCAAUCAUAAAAAAAAAAAAGUUAUCCAGCCAAAUUCUAUAGAAACUUAUUAUAAGACUUAUUCCAGAAUGCCUAGUUUAUUAACUUACUAUCAGGUGAUAUAUAAAUAAAAUAAAUAUAAUAAUAUGUAUUUAUAUAUAAGAAAAAUUGCUCAUUAAAACGCGUCUUGCCGGAUUGGUUUGUCGUUAUUUACUGUAUCAAAGAUAUUUAAGGUGCUGCUAUUGGCGAAAGUGACAUGCGACAUAUAUACAUAAAACUAUAUACGAUUAUAUAUGCGACUAUAGUUAAUUGCGUGUAACCGUGCAGCAUUACUUCAUCAGCUUAGAGCCCCGUGUGCUCACCUACUUGUUCGCCCUCUAAGGCUACCAACUUAGGUAGGGCAAAAGAAGAGCACUAGUGUUGGCACUGUUAAUAGAACGCUUGGGGGGGGGGGUCGUUUGGUGGGUGGAUCCCUGAAAUCGUCCUAGGGCGAUCGGUCCCCAGCCCGAAAAAGCUGCCGGAAAAAGGGCCGGUCAAAGCAUUAGUUACUUGAAACUACCCUCGCGCUUUCUGUCGUCCGUCUUGUCUUAGAAUGUAUUGACAUUGACAUGACAACUGUUCAAGUUUCUUGUGUGUUCUUCUGUGACUUCCUUUCGUAUUAAUAAUGUUGAUAUAUUUGUCAGUAGUAGUCAGUGCUUUAGAGAGUGUGUCAGAAAGCUAAAUGAUGGUAUUUAAUGCAACAACGUGUUUCUAAGAAGCUAAUUCGACUUACAAAAUUUGUUAGUUUCAAAUUGAAGAUGAAAAGUAUUUUUGAAUUAAGGGAGAACUAGAUAGUUUUUGGACAGACAUUAGUUUUUAUUUUAAAAAAAAUUUCAAAUUAAAAAAAAGUUCUAAAAAUGACUGGCCAUUAAAAAUGAACUGCCAAGAAUGUAUUAAAAGUUUUCAUGUCACUUUCGUCUAUAACUUAAUGUUAGUUUAUUGAAAUGAGGGAUUAAGGUAGUUUGUAAGUACUUAGCUAAUUUUUUUAAAAUAUUUAAAUAAGGUCCUUUUGAAUGGUUAAUUGUAAUGGAAUAUACAUUUUUAAAAUUAUGUUUUAUACGUAUGUUUUUAAUAAAAUUUUACGAAACAA